AUGGCUUCCCCAAGCUUGGAUCAGCUGGUGAAAGGGUCAUCUGCCUCCGGAAAACCCCUUCCAUCCUUGUCGCCUGCGCCCGAUGCAUCGACCUCGCACCUACGAGCAGAUUCCUCGAUCUCGUCGGAUUACUCUUCCCCGCCACGUUCAUCAACCCCAGAUCCACUGUCCACGUUGCCAUCAGCUCCGCCCCAAAUAUACCUGAACCUGCUCAUUCUGGAGAGCUCCCUUCGAGCGCAGUACCUGGCGCUGCGUGAACGUCGACGACAGAAUACGUUUUUCCUUCUCCUACUUGCUGCCUGGAUCGCAUACUUUGCCUAUGCCCUUUUUCUUCGACCACGAGAAGAUGGCCGCGGGGUAGGAGGCUCGGUUUACUGGGUUGUGGAGAUGGGAGACAAAGUUGCCCUCCUAGGGGGUGUGGUCACUGCCCUUCUAGUCUGGGGUACCGGGCAAUGGGAGCGUGGAGUGCGUUGGCCGCGGCGCUGGCUCGCUGUCGCCAAUCGCGGUCUUCGCAACAUGAACACCAAGAUCGUUGUGAUAAGAGGUCCCUGGUGGCAGGAACUGCUGUCUUAUCUCUCUUUUCUAUUCCCGUUCUCCACGCCCCUUUUCCCUUCUCCUAUUGGAGAUUUUUAUUUUAUAGAGCGGCCGGCAUCUGAGAAACGUGUUGGUGGUCGGCAGUACCAUCAGCAGUGUCAUAACGUGGACCCCGAGUCAGGACUUGUGGAAGAGGACCUCAGUCCCGGAGGAGAUUACAUUCGGUUACUCCUUCUACCCAAGUCGUUCUCCCCCGAGUUCCGAGGAAAUUGGGAUGACUACCGAACCGAGUAUUGGGAGAAGGAGAACGAGCGACGCGCGCAACUGCGUCAGAAACUACGCCAGAAAGAACGUCUUUUGUCCGAACAAGACGGAAGCUGGUUUGGGUCAUUCUGGUUUGGGUGGAAGGCAGCGCGACGGCGACGACUCGCAGCGGCCACGCUCAACAGACCCAUGGAAGGCGAAAAACAUCGCCAUCACCACCAGCACCCCAGUAUCUCUAGACUCAGUCACGAACUCAAAUCUCCGGUCCGACGUAGCACGCGCUCGGACUCCCAUUCCCGUACGCCUUCACGUAGCACCACUCCCGUCGACGCGGACGAUCGUCCUCCUUCCAGGUCCUCUGCAAGCGGCCGUCCGCGGCGAGGAAGCACGCCGACCUUGACGUCAGCCUCCGAGCAGAGCCCUCAGCAUCGGAAAAAGAAGGGGCCCAAAACACUGACCCGGGGUCUUUCGCCCCUAACCCAGGCGCAAAUCAGGGAGGGAGUUCGUACGCCUUCUUUCUCGUCCGACGAUUCCACAAUGACAGGCCUAGGGGACGAGAAGACGAAAGUCAAGGAAGAGCCGGUGGACAAUUGA